GAGCUCUCACAGUCUACACGUGGCUUUUCAUUGGCCGGCUGCAAGAAUGUCGCAUAGUUUGAAUUGCCGGAAGUUGAGAGACAGCAAAAUGCCGAAGCCUACAACUGCUACAAAGGAAAAGAAUCAAAACAUUCAAGUUGCCGUACGAUGUCGGCCUAUAAAUGGAGCAGAAAAAAGAGCAGGAUCCUGCUCGGUGGUGCACUGUGAUCCCGACAAACGAGAAGUUUAUAUAAAAGAAAAGCCAGGCAUUUAUCCCCUUACCAAGACGUUCACUUUCGACCAUGUGUUCCCACCAUCAAGCAAGCAGAUUGAUGUUUAUCGUGCCAUGGUUGUACCAGUGGUGGAGGAGGUCCUUAUGGGCUACAACUGUACCAUAUUUGCCUAUGGGCAAACAGGAACUGGUAAAACAUUUACCAUGGAAGGGGAACGUAGUGAUGAUACCAGCAUAUCUUGGGAAGAUGAUCCACUCUCUGGACUUAUUCCACGAGCAAUGCAGCAGGUUUUUGAGCAGCUGCAAAAACAGGAGGUGGAGUUUUCUGUACGGGUUUCUUUUCUGGAGCUGUACAAUGAAGAACUUUUUGAUUUGCUGGGCUCAACAGAAGAUCCCUUGCGUCUUCGUAUUUAUGAAGACAUUAGCAAAAAGGGCUCACUCAUAAUCUCUGGACUUGAAGAAGUUGUUGUACGGAGUAAAGAUGAAGUAUAUGGCAUCAUGGAAAGGGGAGCAAGUCGACGUCAGACAGCAGCUACUUUAAUGAAUGCUCAAUCCAGUCGAUCGCACUCUGUGUUUUCGGUAACAAUUCACAUCAAAGAAAAUACAAUGGAUGGUGAAGAACUUUUGAAGACAGGCAAGCUCUACUUGGUCGACUUGGCUGGUAGUGAAAAUAUUGGUCGAUCAGGUGCAGUGGACAAAAGAGCAAGAGAAGCAGGAAACAUCAACCAGAGUCUUUUGACACUGGGUCGUGUUAUCACCUCUCUUGUUGAACAUGCUCCUCAUGUGCCUUACAGAGAAAGUAAACUGACUCGUCUCCUUCAAGACAGUCUUGGAGGCCGCACAAAGACUUCCAUCAUUGCUACCAUAUCCCCUGCAUCCAGCAAUCUAGAGGAAACACUGAGCACCCUAGACUAUGCUCACAGGGCUAAAAACAUCACCAAUAGACCAGAGAUCAACCAGCGCCUCACAAAACGAGCUCUGCUAAAAGAAUACAAUGAAGAAAUUGAACGUCUUAGACGAGAUCUUCAAGCAGCCAGGGAGAAAAAUGGUAUCUACAUUGCAGAAGAAAAUUAUGUGGCUAUGCAAAACAAAAUUGCACAGCAGGAAGACAACAUAGCCUCCCUUGAGGAUCGCAUUGCAUGUCUUACAGAUGAGAUGAACAAGCUUUCUGAGCUGUUCACGGAUACCAAAAAAGAGCUUGAUGUGACCACAGAGAAACUGGCCAUCACUUCUGGGAACCUCGAGAAGGCCACAACAGUACUGGACAACACAAAACAUUGUCUCCGUGAAACUGAGAAAGAUCGUGAUGCCCAUGUGUACCUUCUUUCUGAGCAUGUCAAAACUGAAACCCAUCUGUACUCAGAGGCAUCAGAAUUGUUGGCAACAACUAAGUCAAGUAUUGGUGAUGUAGAAGGCCUACAUGCCAAACUUGAUCGCAAGCACAGUGUUGAGACUCAUAACAAGCAAGCACAGGUCAUCUUUCAAGAGCGUUUCCAUGGUAACCUGAGGUCAAUGAAGGAUAACCUGGAUAUUUUUAUGGAGCAGCAUCAUGGUCUUACUACCAAAUCCACUUCAGUUUUGGAAUCCAGCCUUCAGAAGCAGCAGAAGUUUGCUGAGACUUUGCAGAAAGACAUGCAAAGUCUUUCUGUCACAGUCUGCAGCCAAGUGGAGCAGUUGAGUAAUCAGCUGAGAGAGCAAACUACAACUUCGCACUCUUGGGGUGCACAGCUGCACAAUGCUGCUAUUGAACUUCAGGCCAAAGAACAAUCACGCUUAUCAGAAGUGUGCCACAAUGUGGUUGCACAAGCAAUGAAGUCUUUAGAGGACAAACUGAAACAGCUGACAGAAGAUCUGUGCCACAUGUCCCAUAUUUUAGAGCAACAGAGGAAAGAGCAGGAGGCUUUGGUCACAAACCAGCGGGAGCUGCUAUGGAGAAAUGUGGUGGCGCUGUCAGUAGUUAUAGAGGAACAUGUAGAAUCACACUGCAAGCAUCUAGAAGAGUUGCAAUUGGAGGCAAGCAACCACACUGUUACACAGACAGCACUCAACCAAGAUAUUGAAUCCAAGCUGAAAGAACUAAUGACCUUGUUCACAAAGCAGCAACAAAUGGAGUCAACAUUUACACAGCAUGUCACAGCACAGUUAGAAAGUUCCCAGCAAGCAGAGAAUCAUUUGCAGUCAAAAGCACAAGGGUGUGUAUCAUCUUUGAGCAACUCACUGGAUGAGAUGCAAAAAGAAGUCUUACACAAAGUGGCUGCUGAUUCUUCAAGUCUUGCAUCAAAGCUAACACAGUAUUCAGAAGAAGUUGCAAAAUGCACAGAAACAAAUAAUGGCUUACAAAAUCAGCUGAUGGAAACAUUUGAACAGUCACAGAAAACAUGGAAAGAACAUGCAUUGUCUGUAGCGGAAUCUGUAGAAGUCCACAGUGCUUCUCUUCAGUCUCAGCUUCACAGUUUGCAGGAUUCUACCAAGAAACUGUCACUUGGCUGCACCUCAGCAUUGGAAAGUAUGAGCACCUGUGUGUUGGAAAACACAAAUGCGAACCAGCAGAGGCACCAGGAACAAGAACAGCUUUUGAAACAAGCUAUGCAGCUGGUUACCAUGACAUCACAAAAUCAACACAAAGCCCUAGAGAAUCGUGAAAGGGAGCUGGGCAUCUUCUUGAAGCAAGAACUGCACGAGGAUAUACCUACAGGUGCAACACCUCAAAGGCGUGAGUUCAGCUACCCACAAGGCCUAAGUGAAACAGAAGAAGACAAAAUAUUGCUCGGUCGAUUUUAUGAGUCCUACAGGCCUGGUCCAGAUCCUUUUCCUCUUCAUUUGACACCAGUGUUUGAUGAGGCAGGGAAUGGGGAGCUUGGCACAGCCACUGAUGACAAAACCUGUCACACUGGGUCAAGAAGUUCCUUCCAGGGAGGUCAGGAGGCUGAGGAGGUACAUGAUGACAGUGAUGUUGGUAGUGACCACUCCAUUGCAUCUACUACUUCAGGGGUGUCGAGUGUCAGUGCUCGCAGCAAGAGCCAAGUAUCAGAAACUGAGGCCAAAGAAAACAAAGGGAAAACCAUGAUGCCACCUAGCCUUUCAUCUAUUCGCAAGAAUCGUACUGUACGCACUCCAGUCAAAGGGGCUGCAACCUCAAAACCUGCUACGCCCAGCAAAACCAAAUCUAAAGUUCCAUUCAGAAACACAGCCAAUGCUCCAGCAUAGCUGACAUCAGCAGCACUUGUAUAGUUGUAGGCUGGAUACGUACAGGAAGGUUUUCUUCUGCUCAUACUACCACAUUGACACGCUCACAUGCCUGUCAGACCUGUUUGUACAUAAAUUGGGACUGACUGGUGGCAGGCUCAGACUUGUUGAAGACUGUUCUGGAAAUCCUGAACUGGGUAGAGCCAGGCAGGAGAUCCAGUAGGGAGGUGGAGAUGUAGAACAAAAUGUAGAAUCGUCUUUUGCAUGUCAGACUGUUGUGUGAUGAAGUUAAAAAUAAACACAAGUUCACUACUUACAUGCUCUUUGUAUGUAACGGUUCCUUGAUUAUUUUUUAUUUACAUUUAGUUAGCAUAAAAUAAUUUGAAGUCUAAGGAUCCUAAAAGACACUGCCAUUUUUUACAACUUCUCUAAAGCCAAUCAAUUUCUCUGUGCCUGCUUCUCAUGCAUGCUUCUUACACCAUUCACUUUGUAGCCCUUACCAUAAACUUUAAUAAUCCCUGUUCAUGUAUUAAAAAAUUAUUUUAUAUUUAAUGCUACUUGUGCAUAUAGUGUAAAUUAUACUGAUAAUGUAAUGAGACUCGCUAAAUUUUAAUUGAACUUUCUUUUAGCUUUUUUUUUUUUUUUUUUUUUUUUUUAAAUGCAAGAGGCUACUGUUUUAGCACUUAAAGCUUGGUAACAUUUUUUCCAUUGAAUUCAUGCCAUCUUAUAGUGUAAAAUUACUGUGCCAGUAGAGGCCACCCCAGUGUAAAAAUCUUACAAUGUAUACGUUACUAUAGAGAGAUAUAGGCAUGUCUUUUAUUUAUUUUUUUUUUUUAACUGAGAAGAAUAAAAUUUGACGUCCUAUUGGA